GUCAAAGAAGUAUCCAUAACAAGUAAUUGUCAUAAAAAAGAAGUGAUUUGUUUUUCAAUUCUUAUCGUUUUUAUGAGUGUAUAGUGGAAAUAGUUAGACAAAACACGCCUAUUGAAACUUUCUGUUAGCAUUAACCGCGUUUGCUAACUUAUUAUAAACUAUAAAUCGUAAAGUGGAAAUCUAACCUUAAAAUCCGGCUGAAUGUAAAUUAGAGUCAAUUCGGUCUGAAAAAUGGCAGAUGUGGAGCUUGCAAAAGCGUUGAAAGAUCUUCCAUAUAGAGUGCAAACCGCGAGUUUGAAACAACGGAAAGAGGUUAUUGGCAAUGUUAUUCGUGUUUUAGAAAAUCCCGCAAUUAACGAAAAUAUCAUCAAAGGAAUUUGCCGCGUGAUCCAGUUAACCCUUCCUCGAUAUAGAGACAGUUCAUCCCAGCUUCUGGUACGAAAUUUAAUUGUUGCUUUGUUAGAAAAACAUUCCGAUUUUGCCGUAAAAUGUUUGACGUUCAUGCUAGCGGACAUUACCUCUCAACACAAAAACCUCGUCGUAACGACCAAUACGUGUCAAACCGGUCUUUAUGCUUUACGUUGGUCAUGUUUAGUAGUUUCAGUGGGCUGGAAAGUAAAUCAACAGGCCCUUCAGGCCCAUAUUUUGCAAUUAAUCGAAAUUCAAGCUCUACUUUUAACAACAGUGGUGGCUGCUGGAAUUGAUAAAAGGUCAAAUAAAGCGUUUAAUAUUUUCAACAACACUUGGAUUUCUGUGCAAGGUAGUGAAAAACUGUAUUUGGAAAAUCUAAAAGCAUUAGAACAAACACAUUAUGUGGUAGUUCUAGCAGCAUAUUUAGCAAAACGAUUAGCGCUUAUUGAGAAAACAUCUCUGUUGAAGGGUUAUGUAGAAUCCCUUGUAGAUACGUUUAUAAAGAACUUUGUUAGUUGUAAAAGUAGACCUUCUCCUGAUGUUGUCAUUGCUACUUAUCCUUUAUUGAAACAAGUGAAUAGCGAGAUAUUUAAAAAGAGCUUGUGGCCUUCACUUCAGAAGGCUAUGUUACGGAAUCCCGAAAUUAUUCUAGAGUGCGUUGGUCUUGUAAUCACAGGUCUUGGUUUAGAUUUGAGCCCGUAUGGUAUGGAAAUAGGAAACAGUUUAAUAGCCAAUUUAUAUUCAAAGGACGACCAAGCGAGAACUGAAGCAGUUGAUGCCUGCAGACGUUUGUCAGAACAAAUUAGUGAUCCUAACACCAUUAAUGAGUUAUUGAAAAAAACAUUUGCAGUUUUUCAUGGAUCUGAAGGGAAACUGACUGUUGUUGAUCAUAAAAUCAGUGUUUUACAAGCCGCCGGCAAUUUCAGUCGUAAUAAAAUUCCAGAACAGAACCUUUCCGCAGUGUUGAUUAAUGGCAGUGAUUAUUUUAUCAAAAUUUUGGAAACGGAAGUACAUGAAAAAACAUUGUGCCAUGCCUUAGAUAUGUUGUCUCUUUGGAGUGUUAAAUUUCACAGUGAAAUGCCAAAGAAAAUAGUGGAAGCUUUUAAGAAUGGCAUGGGAUUAAAAACUUCAACACCUCUUGUUCGCAUAGCAUACAUCAAAUGCAUGUUGAACUCUUUUAACUCCAACACCAUCCAUCAAGCAUCCGUACUAGUGCCCGUCUUGUUAAAAGCAGUCGAGAGAGCUGUUGCUCAGCCAUCUCAGUGCCUGUCUGUAACAGAAGGAUUAUGUGCUACUUGUAUGUUACUCCAGUUGAUCUCUGUAGUGGGAGAAAAAGAAAACAACUUCCAGAACCUAUGGAACGUAGUCCUAGACAUGGAUAAACAGAUUUUCGUUUCAGAAAAGUUUCUUUCCUUAACAGGAGACGACGGUCUGAUUUAUGUAAUGCAACUAUGCGAAAAACUUCUUUUGGAUUAUCGCGAUAAACUCAACGGAAAAAAUUCUCCUCUUUAUCGAGCUGUAAUCCAUUGCGUAGUCUUAUCGUCCGCUAAAACACGCCGGAAGUGUUUGAAGAUCCUUAAAAGGAUGGUGGAAGGUUUGUCUCGUGCUGUGUUAGCACGCGCUCUUUUUCAAGGAUUAGGGAGUUUUCUGGAAACUGUCAAAAUGCAAAAUAAAAUUGAGAAGGAUCAGACCGACGGUGGGAACGAAGUGUCGCCGCAUGCACUCGUUGAGUGUAUAACAUCUUUGUGUUCUUCACCGAAUUUGCCACCUGAAGAUGUGCAGUUGUUGGCGCUAGAUGCAUUUUUACCAGCGCACCAUCCUUUUGUUAUGAGUGUAGCGCCGGAUCUGUGGAUAAAAAUUGUCAAGCAUUUCAAUGUCAAACCGAAAAAUUUAAUCGCUCAACAGGCGGACUUCUUUAAGAAGAUGUUGGUUCAGGAUUAUGUAACUUCCCCGAUAAAUGAAAAUGCGUUGGCCACGACAGUGUCUUUAAACGCUGAUGUAAUAGUACCACCUUUAAUUGUAACCGUCACUUCUCGGCUGCAAGACCCUCGUAUUUGCCAAGUUUCAAGAGACGAUUACUUUACUUUUCUUACACCAGAGGGAGAGCUUUAUGAUAAAACCGUAAUUCCAGGAGAUGAUAUUAAUGACACAAUGAAUCUGAAACGCGAAAGUAAGGUGUACAGCUAUAAAGAACAAUUAGAAGAAUUACAGCUACGGCGAGAAAUUGAAGAAAAAAAGAAGAAAGAUGGAAAGGUCAAACCCCCACAAUUUACACCUAAACAGCUAGAAGCAAUCAAAAACCAAAAAACGAAAGAACAAGCCAUCAGGUCUAGACUAACAACUUUGAAUACAUCAAUAAUUAAUUGCGUAUCAAUGAUCCGGGCUGCUGCUAAAGGGAAUCCGUUACAACUGUCGCUACAUUUUAAGGAUUUACUUCCUUCUCUGUUAAAUGAUCUACAAUCACCUCUUGCGGCUCCAUACCUUUCGAAAUUGUACACUGACCUUCGCACUGUGGUCUUCACCAACAAGUUAGAAACUCUAGGAGAAUUGAUCGCUUUCGUUACGUUAAGACUGUUGAAACCGCAGUGUGAUUUAGACGCUAAUUGGGAGGCAGAGAACUUAAAUAAAGCAAUGGUUCGAACAAUUUCUUUAAUUCAUGAAAAAACAGUAGUGAAGAAGAUUGAAGAAAACCCGGUUUGUUUUACAGUACCAGCAUUCUGUUAUACAUUUGUGUUGUUAAAAUCGAGUCUGUUGUCAAAUUAUGCCCGAAAUCACGACGAACUGGUGCAUGAUGGUUUGCAGAUUAUUUCAGAACAUGCAAAACUUCGGGCAAAGGGGCAAAACGGGUUGACGGAUGUUUAUGAUCCUCAGUACCUUCCAAUAAGGCAAAUGUUUGAACUACUUGUGGAAAUCAUAAGUAGCUCAACUGGGCGAGUUCAAUCGCAAGCCGAGGCAUGUCUUUUGGAUGUUGCAACAUGUGCCAGCGGUGAACCUGGAUGCGCUAAAGCAACAACUGAAGAAGUCGAUGUGUUGCUAGGAGCUUUACAAAAUCCAGCUGUCGUAGUCAGAGACGCUGCUCUGCGGAGCCUCACCAUUACAGUAUCCUCACUACCAACUUACCAAAACGAUUAUGAGUAUGCGAUGAAAAUCAGUAAACGAAUAUGGAUCGCAAAGUUUGAUGAAAAUGAAGAUAACAGAAUUUUGGCUGACAAGUUGUGGGAACUUGCUCAUCUAGAUUUUCCCGCCUAUCUUAGUGAAGAGCUCAUGCCUGAUAUUGAACAUCCCGUUGAAUGCGUACAGGCAGCAACUUCAAGAGCUCUUGCAGCUUUAUUAGAAAACAACAAAGAACAAGUGCAAGAGACUCUGAACAAAUUGCUCAAGCUCUACAGCGAAAGAUUACAGAUGAUUCCGGCAAAACUAGACGAAUUUGGGCGCGAAUUAGAAAAACCUAUCGAUACUUGGUUUCCCAGACGAGGUGUUGCGUUGGCGUUGGCUCAGUUGGCUCCGUUGAUAACACCAGAUUUAAUUGGUGGUUUGGUUCAAUUCUUUGUUUCAACGUCUCUGAGUGACCGCAAUGAACAAGUUAGGAAGGAAAUGUUAAAUGCUGCCUUAAAAAUCGUUGACUUGCAUGGAAAGGAAACUGUAAGUACCUUAUGGCCGGUCUUCGACACCUUUAUGAGCAAAUCAACCAAAUCGGCCCAUUUAGACGCCGUAAAACAAGCCGUUGUAAUAUUAAUGGGUUCGUUAGCACGCCAUUUGGACAAAGACGAUGAAAGAAUCAAGCCCAUCGUUCUAAGAUUAAUACAAGCCCUUUCUACUCCAUCUCAAACCGUCCAAGAAGCCGUAGGCAAUUGCCUUCCCCCAUUAAUCCCAUCAGUAAAAGAAGAAGCUCCUGGUUACAUCAACAAACUAUUACAUCAAUUACUAAAAGGAGACAAAUACGGCGAGCGCAAAGGCGCCGCCUAUGGCCUCGCAGGAAUAGUCAAAGGCAUGGGCAUCCUAGCCCUAAAGCAGCACGAUAUAAUGACGAAAUUAACCGACGCAAUCCAGGACAAAAAAAAUUACAAACACCGAGAGGGCGCUCUCUUCGCUUUCGAGAUGCUUUUCCACAUGUUGGGAAAAUUGUUUGAACCGUACAUUAUUCACGUAUUACCACAUCUGCUUCAAUGUUUUGGAGAUACGAGUCAGUAUGUGCGUGCUGCCGCCGAUGACACUGCCAAAGUUGUGAUGAGUAAACUGUCUGGACAUGGCGUCAAGUUGGUUUUGCCAUCAUUGCUGGAUGCGCUGGAACAGGAUUCGUGGAGGACUAAGACCGGUUCGGUGGAGUUGUUGGGGGCUAUGGCGUACUGUGCUCCUAAACAGUUGUCUUCGUGCCUACCGAGUAUUGUACCUAAGCUCAUUGAGGUGUUGAGCGACUCACACAUGAAGGUACAAGAGGCGGGAGCGGCGGCGUUGAAAGUUAUUGGCUCGGUUAUACGAAAUCCGGAAAUCCAAGCGAUCGUCCCCGUCUUGCUAAAGGCGCUUCAAGAUCCCUCAAACAAAACAAGCGUUUGCCUCCAAACACUUCUCGAUACCCAAUUCGUUCAUUUCAUUGACGCUCCGUCCCUCGCUCUCAUAAUGCCGGUAGUUCAACGCGCUUUUAUGGACCGAUCGACUGAAACGCGCAAAAUGGCUGCCCAAAUCAUAGGCAACAUGUAUUCUCUUACCGACCAGAAAGACCUUCUUCCGUACCUUCCAACCAUCAUUCCCGGUCUCAAAACCUCUCUUUUGGACCCAGUCCCGGAAGUACGCAGCGUCAGCGCUCGUGCCCUGGGUGCCAUGGUGCGUGGAAUGGGUGAAUCUAGCUUCGAAGACUUAUUACCGUGGUUGAUGCAAACUCUGACAUCAGAAAGCAGUUCAGUGGAUAGAUCAGGAGCUGCACAAGGUCUUAGUGAAGUCGUUGGUGGAUUGGGUGUAGAAAAAUUGCACAAAUUGAUGCCAGAAAUUAUUGCUACAGCUGAGAGGACUGACAUCGCUCCUCAUGUCAAGGAUGGCUACAUUAUGAUGUUUAUCUACAUGCCGGUUGUGUUUACUAACGACUUCACCGUGUACAUAGGGCAGAUCAUCAAUCCGAUAUUGAAGGCCUUAGCGGAUGAGAAUGAAUACGUGCGAGAUACAGCGUUGAAGGCUGGACAGAGAAUUGUAACGCUCUAUGCAGAUUCGGCAAUUUUGUUGCUGCUGCCGGAGUUGGAGAAAGGGUUAUUUGAUGAAAACUGGAGGAUUCGUUACAGUUCGGUCCAACUCCUUGGCGACUUACUCUAUCGCAUUUCCGGAGUAACAGGGAAAAUGAGCACUGAAACGGCGAGUGAAGAUGAUAAUUUCGGUACAGAACAAUCCCAUCAAGCCAUCAUUAAAUCCCUAGGUGCUGAACGUCGCAAUCGCGUCCUGGCUGGUCUGUACAUGGGUCGUUCUGAUGUUGCUUUAAUGGUACGUCAAGCGGCUCUUCACGUUUGGAAAGUGGUCGUCACAAACACGCCUCGUACUCUUCGUGAAAUUCUACCAACCCUUUUCGGAUUGCUGCUAGGUUGCCUAGCUAGCGACAGUUACGAUAAACGACAAGUUGCUGCAAGAACUCUGGGCGAUUUAGUGAGAAAACUGGGUGAAAGAGUGCUUCCUGAGAUUAUACCCAUUCUAGAAAGAGGGUUGCAGUCGGAUCAGCCCGAUCAAAGGCAAGGUGUUUGCAUUGGAUUGUCGGAAAUUAUGGGUUCGACGUCGAAAGAGAUGGUUUUGACCUUUGUUAAUUCGUUGGUUCCAACCGUAAGGAAAGCGUUGUGUGAUCCACUGCCGGAAGUAAGACAAGCAGCGGCUAAGACAUUUGACAGCUUGCAUUCAACGGUGGGAGCGAGAGCUCUGGAUGAUAUUUUACCCACCAUGCUUAAUCAAUUGAAUGACAAAGACACAGAUGUCGUCGAAUGGACUCUCGACGGUCUUCGUCAAGUAAUGGCCAUCAAAUCUCGAGUAGUACUGCCCUACUUAGUCCCACAACUAACAGCUCCUCCCGCCAACACAAAAGCCCUCUCAAUCCUCGCUUCAGUGGCCGGGGAAGCCCUCAACAAGUACCUUCCUCGCAUUCUCCCUGCCCUGCAAACAACUCUGGCAGCAUCUCGCGGUACGCCAGACGAAGCUCAACAGCUCGAGUAUUGUCAAGCCGUCGUCUUGUCUGUUAGCGAGGAAGUGGGUAUCAGAACCGUGAUCGACACCAUGCUCGAGAACACCCGGAACGAGAACGCUGACCAGCGGAGGGCCGCUGCGACGCUGCUGUGCGGUUUCUGUGCCAACUCAAAAGCCCAGUAUACUGCACACGUGCCGCAGCUACUGAGAGGAUUAAUUCAUUUGUGUACAGAUAGUGAUAAGGACGUGUUGCAAAUGUCAUGGGAGGCUCUGAAUGCCGUCACGAAGACGUUGGAUCCGAAGCUACAAACGACGUAUGUGAGUGACGUCAGGCAGGCGGUGAGAUACGCGAUGUCGGAUAUGAAGGGGGCGCAGCUGUUGCCCGGAUUUUGUUUGCCAAAAGGUAUAGCACCAAUUUUGCCAAUCUUCCGUGAGGCAAUUCUGAACGGAGACGGUGAUGAAAAAGAAACAGCCGCCCAAGGUUUAGGAGAAGUAAUUAAAGUGACUAGCGCUCAAGCACUUCAGCCGAGUGUAGUCGCCAUCACAGGACCACUGAUUAGAAUUCUAGGAGACCGAUUUAGCGCAAACGUAAAGACGGCGGUUUUGGAAACCUUGGCGAUUUUGCUAGCGAAGGUCGGCGUGAUGUUGAAACAAUUUCUGCCACAACUGCAAACCACUUUUGUAAAAGCCUUGAACGAUCCCAAUCGUGUGGUUAGAUUGAAGUCUGCUGCUGCUUUGAGUUACUUAAUCGUUAUUCAUCAGAGGGCGGAUCCUCUGUUUAUGGAAUUACACAAUACUGUCAAAAAUACGGACGACUUCGCUAUUAAAGAGACCACGCUACAUGCUCUACGAGGUAUAAUUACGCCUGCCGGGGACAAAAUGUCUGACACAGUGAAAAAACAAAUACAUUCAACACUAAUAUCGCUUCUGGGUUGCCAAGAAGAUGUAACUAGGACCUGUGCUGCCGGUUGUUUGGGUGCCAUUUGUCGUUGGUUAUCACCUGAUCAGUUGGACACAACCUUUACAGAACAUCUAUUAAUUGAUGACGUUCAAACGGAUUGGACGUUGCGACACGGCCGAGGCGCUGCCUUAUCCGUAGCUUUGAAAGAAACACCGUCGAGCAUUUGGCAAGAACAAUACAAAACAAGACUGAUUCAAACCAUUUUGAGUGAACUUUCAGCGGACAGAGUUAUAAUAACGCAAGCAGCUGUCCGCUCUUGCGGUUAUCUGCUUCAGUACUUGAUGUUGAAUGAUGAAGCUUUACCUACAGGAUUAUUGGGUCCUUUUGUCAGGACAAUGAAUAAUAACAAUAACGAUGUUAAACAACUUUUGGCAAGGGUUUGUAUUCAUCUAGCGAAGACUGUACCACAGGAGAAGAUGUCGUCCGAUUUGUUAAAACUAUUACUACCAACAUUAGUCAAUGGAACUAAAGAAAAGAACGGUUACGUAAAAGCUAAUUCAGAGAUUGCUUUAAUUGCAGUUUUGAGGUUAAAAGACGGUGACGCCAUGCAGCAGAGAUGCCUAAGCAUACUGGAAGUUGGUGCUCGCGAAUCUCUUGCCGACGUCGUUCAGAAGGUACUUAAGAAAAUCAUGUCUCAAACCGAGGGUAAGGAAGAAGAGCUCGACGACACUCUGCUAACUUGAUUACAAUUAUCGGACAUCACAAAUAUAUUCUCUUGCUGUAUUCCGCCUUUCUUUGUUGUUUUAAAUGAUUUUUAUGGAUUUCUUUUAAGCCUCUUAUUAGGUUUAAAUCGUACCCGACUUUGUAAAUUUUGUUUUAAAUAUAUAAGCAUGAAG